AUGCAAUCUAUUAAAGUUAAUUACAUCACUCCUGACGAGUUGUAUCAACUUGUCGACUUCAAAAACAUCGAUGUCGCCAAAGUGAUUCCAGGCUUUGACCCAUCAGCUGGUUUCAUCCUCAGCUCGCCAGCAUACUUUACCCCACCUGAGGAAAAUCAACAACCUGUCAUUCAAUGUGACACUCCAGCUACAUUACCAUCGCCAUCAUCGUCACCAUCACCAACCCAAACUGAACUGGAAAAGCCAUUUGUCAGUCAAGUUGAAACUGGAGCAUCAUUACCAUCAGCAGAUAGAGAAAACCCAUCAGCUGUAGACUUGAGCACAGCUGAGCCUCCAAGAUCAUCGCCACCAAUCAAUACUGAAGUGCAGGAAGCAGUUGCCAAAUUUGGCAUUGUCGAGAAAUUAUCUGAAGUUUCACCACCAUCACCACAAUUUCCAUCAAUCUCGAAAGUCAACUCAUUUGAGAACAGAAACUUGAAAACAGAGAUUGAUGAGUUGAGUCCACGUGAACUUGAAGCCAAGGACCAAGUGAGUGAGGAUGAUUUUGAAGGAUGUAAAUUGGCUUUGGACUUGUCGAUCAACAUGGAAAGUAAUACUGAAUUGCGUCAAAACUUGGAUCCUUGGUACACUGUGAACGUCUUGAUGGAAGAUGAGUGUCCAUCUGUGCAACACAUGACAUUUGGAGAGUGUCCUGCUUGGUUGACGCAACAGCCAAAUCAACGCGUGGAAGAGAAAUUGUCCAUUAAAGCAUUCCAAGAGUUAAUAAACACCACAUGCAACAGCAGCAACAACAACAACAACAACAACAGCAAUACCGUCACCAAUACCGUCAGCAAUAAAGGCAAAGAUAGUAGCAUCGGCUGCAGUGAGGAGAGAAAUGGUGCAGCUCCGAUCAGUCCAGACAGAGAUGAAGAAAUUGAGAAUAAAGACUGUUCAAGUUCAGUAUACCUGGAUCCAGAUGAUCACGAACCACACCAAAAAGAUGCAGCUGCAGCGAAUGUUGCCGAUGCUUUUGAAACAUUUGAAGACAGCUUAUGCGGAAACUGUUUCGUGAACGGAGUGCCUCAAAUGUGUCCAUGCCGAAUUGCAUAUUUAUCUCAAAGAGAUAGAGCAUAUCAAAAUAAAUCUGAGCCAAAUCCAGCAGCAAAUCAAGAUGAGGAAGCUGUUUGGAGUGACUUGAUUGAUAUUGCAAACGACUGGGAAGAGGAGCCUGAAAACGAAUCCAUCUGCAGUGAGUCUUUUGAUGACGCGGAUGAAGAAGUUGAUGAAGGCGAAGUUCUACACAGAGUUCCAAAUGCAAGUAUGAUCUUGAAUGAUUUAACCAUUAAUGAGCAAACAAGUAGAGCACAAGUCGCUACUGAUGCAGCACACGUUGACCAUGUUUCCGAAGCAAAUUCAAGUAGACCUGAAGUUGUUGCUGAUGAACUUGAAAAAGAUCACGUUAUUGAACCACGCUCAAGUGAAAAUGAAGUUGCCAAAGAGGUGACACCCACAGAUAAAACAGUCUUUUAUGUAAAUCCAAGAGACAACCUUUAUUAUAUGGGUGUUUCACGACUCAACCCAAACUACGGACGCUACUACUCCUACGGAAUUGACAUACACUCAGUUAUCAACCCCACAUUGAGCCCAUUGCAAAGGGUGCCAGAUGGAAUAAAGGUCAGACCUGUGCCAAAUGUCAGAGCACUUGAGUAUUUAGAGUCAGGCACUGAGUAUGUUGUGGAUGAAGCUCGGGUUCUCAAAAAGAGAGUUGUCAAGUUUGCUAAUGAAGUCAUUACAAGAAAAGAGACCGAGAAGGAAAUCAUCGACAUGAAGAGCUUGAUGUCAAUGAACUCAGUGUGGCAACCGAUGGAGAUUGUCAAGCGUGAACCAAUACCGAAGGAGAAGCACCCGUUUUGGAAUAAGUGCUUGAGAAAGCUCAAGUUGAAGAAACCAAACACGAUGAAGAGCAAUGAGAACUUGAAAUCGGUCUUGAAGAAACCUACAAUGGAGGUUGAGGAAGCAACAGGGUUGAGAAGAUGCAAGUCUUGCAUCAUAUUGGACGCUCCAGAACUCAAGAAAGAGGACGAGCGUCCAAAGACUUAUCAAAGGGUCACUCGACCCAAUUCUUCUUGA